AUUAAUUUCCUUCUUUCUUCAGCACAACAUAUGACAUCAGCGUGGUCAUAACUUACAAAAGACGGCACAUAAACAUCGGACAUGAGACUAUCCGGGUUAAUGCAUCACUCGUUUAUUAAAGUCAGGCCAAUCUGAGUCAUUUCUUGUCCACAACUCAAACGCACUUCCAGCCUGGCAAUUACAAUGAGAAAUUUUACGGCUCUAGCAGGCUUCUUCCUUCUUGGUCUGAGCCACUUGGGUUCUACUUCACAGCUUAUAUGCUACUUCACAAACUGGUCCCAGUACAGACCUGGAAUUGGGAAAUACGUACCAAAUGAUAUAGAUCCAAACCUGUGCACUCACCUGAUCUACGCUUUUGCUGUCAUCAACUACGCCAAUCAGCUUUCCACCUAUGAGUGGAAUGACGAAACUCUGUACCAGUCCUUCAAUGAGCUAAAACAGAGAAACCCCAGUCUUAAAACUCUUCUGGCUGUUGGUGGAUGGAAUUUUGGUACAGCUCAGUUCUCCACCAUGGUCUCAACAUCUGCUAAUAGACACACGUUCAUCAGUUCUUCUAUCAGUUUCCUGCGCAAGUAUGGCUUUGAUGGGCUGGACCUGGACUGGGAGUAUCCUGGGGCUCGAGGGAGCCCCCCAGAGGACAAACAUAGAUUCACACUACUGUGCAAGGAGCUUUCAGAGGCCUAUGAGGAUGAAGGCAGAGAAACAGGACAUCCCAGACUGAUGCUCACAGCUGCAGUGGCGGCAGGGAAAGGGAACAUUGACGGUGCUUAUGAAAUAACUGAAAUUGUGAAGUACCUGGAUUUCAUCAACGUGAUGACUUACGACUUCCAUGGUUCUUGGGAGAGGUUUACUGGACAUAACAGUCCUCUGUAUCAGGGCAGCCAUGACACGGGAGACUUAAUCUACUUCAACACGGACUUUGCCAUGAGGUACUGGAGAGAUCAGGGAGCGCCUGUGGAGAAGCUGAGGAUGGGUUUUGCCACCUAUGGGCGCACGUUCCUCCUGGCUUCACAAGCAAGUGGAGUCAGAGCCCCAGCUAACGGACCCGCCUCAGGUGGUCCGUACACCCGCGAGGGCGGCUUCUGGUCCAGCUAUGAAGUCUGUACGUUCCUGCAAGGUACCAGUACUCAGUGGAUUGAGGACCAGAAGGUUCCAUAUGCCACCAAAGGAAAUGAGUGGGUGGGAUUUGAUAACCAGGAAAGCUUUGAGACCAAGGUGCGGUACCUUCAAAACAACAGCUUUGGAGGAGCCUUUGUCUGGUCUCUGGACCUGGAUGACUUUUCUGGUCAGUUUUGCGGAAAAGGAAAAUAUCCUCUGAUCAGUCAUCUGCGCAAGCUUCUCAUUUCAGAGCCCUCGCAGCGACCACCUACAACCCCAAAUUCAUUAUGUAAUACAACCACCACUGAACCACCCCGCACUGGCAUCACUGGCCCUGCAAUGACCACCCAUGAAGCCCCCCACCCAUCAACCAAACAAACCGACGACAGUGACUUCUGCUCCAGCAGGCCUGCUGGACUCUACCCCAAAGUGGACGACCGCAAUGCUUUCUACAACUGUGGCCACGGUGUCACAUAUAUCCAGCACUGCCCCAGUGGCCUGGUUUUCAACAACAGCUGCAAGUGCUGUGACUGGUCCUAGAGACCACUGCGGUUUUUCUGUCAGUCCUCAUCCGCUUUCUUUGCCACAGUCUGACAGAUUUUACGAAUUGCUCUUAAGUAAUUCAGUAUGCUUGUGUAUCUAACAUUCUGUACAGAAAAUAUCUAAUAUUUUAACAAUCCUACAUUUUAGAGUCACACACGACUGCGUUUUGUUGAUUGCAGUUUGACAUACCCUUAUACCACGCACACCAUGUUUCUGUAUAUUUUCUAGGGCUGGGAAAUUCAUCGCAUUUACAGCUUGCGUUAAUUUUAGUCAUACAGCGUUUUUAUUUCUUUGCUCGCAUUGACACGUUAACACACACGUCUCAUUUUGUUAGCUAAAUAGGGGGAAAAUAUGAGUACAGAUUUUUAUAAAGACCUAUAAUAUUCCUUCUUGGUUGUAAAUAUAUAUAUAUAUAUAUAUAUAUAUAUAUAUAUAUGAACUUUUAGACCAUGAUGUGGCACAGAAUCCCAGAAUUCCGAGCUAAAUUCAAAACAUGCAGUUAGCUCACGGGGAACUUGGUGCUACCUGCUUUAUUUCAUUUUUAAAAUUGUCAAACGGAAGCAUACGGAGAGUAAAAAUAUCGUAAUUUGCAUGUUUUAUUUUGUCGAAGGCUUAGACCUUAAAAUCUCAAGGUUUUUCAUGUCAUUUACGUUCUUCUGAACUGAUACAACUGAAAACUAGCUGCUUUGUGAUGCAUCAUUUUGAAAGGGUAGUAAAUAUGUAUAUUUAAAAAAUUAUUAAAAUUCAUUGACUUACUGGAGAAUCUGUGAGAACGCGCUGUGAGCAAUAACUAGGUCUAAAGUAGCGGCAUAUACAGAAAAAUGACUUUGGAUGUGUCACGCCCAGCUCGUACGAUCCUCGUGUGUGCCACGCCCCCCUGAUUAUCCACGUGUGCUUCCCUGAUUGUACCCAGCUGUACCCUGUUGCAGGGGCGCCGCUAAGGGGGGGAAAGUUGGGACAAUUAUAAGGGCCCACGCCCUUUAGGGCCCCCCAGAGAUCUGAAUGGGUGUGGUAGGGGGGCCCAACCUCAUAUUUUGUCAUAGGGCCCAAAAUUGCUAGCGGCGCCCCUGCCCUGUUGUCUUGCCGAAUUUCAGUCCCCGUCUUGCCUCAGUUCAUGGUCUGUCAUUGAUGUUAGUUAUCGUCGGAUGUUUCUUGUCCCUAGUCCCUUUAAUAAAUCCCCGUUUACCCCGUA